AUGAAGACGUAUACUGCUAUCGUUGCUUCCGCUCUGAUCGUGGCGUCCACGAUAAAUAUGGUGACGGCUAGGGAAGAGUACCUUAAAGAGAUUCCAAACGGGUCAAAAUUCACAAAGGUCCUUGGACACAAAGGUGCAUCGGAUUAUACUGAUUUUGGUACGGCAUUUCAAGAAGCAGGCUUCAAGUGGAAAACAAUCUGCGAUAAGCCUUUCCCUGGUACCUCGAUAACAGUGGGACAAGCUUUCGGCGACCCAUGCUGCACUUGGAAGAAGGGCGAAACUCCUCAAUUCGAGGUAAGUUGGACUACAGAUCCCGGUCAAGGAACGACGUGCCCUUCUAGUAACUCGGCAGAAGGGUCCGCUUCGACGCCAAAAGACGAGGAGUUUGGGGGUGAGGUCAUCGAUAAAGCCGGAGGUAAGGGCGAUUAUGGGGCCACUGACGAAGUCACUGAUAAAGCUGGCGGCAAGAAAGAUGGUGAAUCAACCGGGGGCAUUGAAGAAGUUGACUCAGUCGGGGGUAAGAAGAGCACUGGUGAGUAUGGGGCUACUGAAUCAACCGGGGGCAUUGAAGAAGUUGACUCAGUCGGGGGUAAGAAGAGCACUGGUGAACAUGGGGCCAGUAAUGAAGCCGGAAGUGUCGCCGGACUUUUGGCCACUGAUAGCGGCGAAGAAUUUGCAGAGACGAAGGGAAUUGAAUCAGCCGAGAGCACUGGUGAACAUGAGGCCAGUGAUGAAGGUGAAGUCCUUGGUUCAUCCACAGAUGGCGGAAGCGGACCUGAAAGUCUUUUUGGUGCCGGUGAGGGGCCUGGGAAGCCAGGUGUUGAACUUGCACUGGGCACCAGCCUUCUUCCACCACUAGACUCAACCGACCCGUAUGGUAAGGGGCCUUCUCCCUCGGGCGGUGGUUGUGCUGCGAAGCGUGCUCGUAAGUUACGUCAUUAA